AUCGAUUUGUCGUCUGAUUUCUAAACAACAUGGCGUCUGCAGCAGCUAGGAGACUCCCGCAGCAUUUGAAAGAAUUGCGGAUUCACUUGUGUCAGCGAUCUCCCGCAAGCCAAGGAGUUAGAGAAUGGGUGGAGACGAGCUAUGUGGAUCUUAAGAAAGCAAACCCCAAGUUUCCGAUCCUAAUCAGAGAAUGUAGUGGAGUACAACCCAAGAUCUAUGCAAGAUAUGAGUAUGGCCGAGAAACGAGUGCUUCACUGGAAAAUGUCACUAGUCAGCAGGUGGCGGACACCCUAGGUACAAUGGCGGACACACCCACAUCGCAGUAGCCUACCACCGGCUGAAGAUGAUGAAGAAUAUACAAAAGACAUUUAUAUCACAUUUAUUGUAAACUGCAUGCAA